GUGUUUAAAUCAUGGAUUUCGACGCUAUUCUUGAAGAUGUUGGCACCUUCGGGAAGUAUCAAAAACUUGUCAUCUAUUUCAUCCUGUUGCCUGCGGUAAUACCGUGUGGCUUCCAUGCGUACGCGCAGCUCUUUAUGGCAGCUGACGUAAAGCACUGGUGUAGAGUGCCGGAAUUGGAACCUCUCGCUGAUUUAGAGCUUAGUAAGAACUUAAGCAUACCCCUAGAGCUUAAAAACGGCCAAUUAGAGUACUCUCAAUGCAGUAUGUACAAUUUAAACUACAGCGAUAUUAUGAUACAGUAUCCCGAUAUAGAUGAAUCCCGUCAUUUAACAGAUGUUAUACCCUGCAAUAAUGGAUGGAAUUUUGAACUCAACACUUACAAGGACACAGUUGUUACUGAGUGGAAUCUAGUGUGCAGCAAAGAUUUCUAUCCAACACUCGGCUUGGUGCUUUUGGCUGUAGGAGGAAUAAUUGGAAAUUAUAUUUUUGGCUAUCUUCAAGAUACUAUCGGAAGGAAACCUUCCUUCUUUAUAUACCUGACUAUUGAGUGUAUAUUUGGAGUGGCAACGGCGUUCGCACAAAAUUACUAUGUCUGGAUCGUCUAUAGAUUUGGCGUUGGCUUCACAGUGCCUGCUAUAAUGGCUACGCCAUACGUUUUGGCAAUUGAACUUGUAGGACCUAAAUGCCGAACGCUCUGCACCAUUCUGUCAAAUAUUGCAUAUUCCAUGGGACUGAUUAUGUUGGCUGGUGUGGUCUACUUAGUUCGUGAUUGGCGCCAUUUAGCAUUGGCGACCACACUCCCUUUCAUCACCUUUUUUCUUUACUUUUGGCCGAUGCCUGAAAGUCCCAGAUGGCUCUUAGCUAGGGGUCAGUUUGAAAAAGCAGAAAUUAUUCUAAAACAAAUGGCCAGAAUGAACGGAAAAUCUUUACCAGCAAAUUACAUGGUGCAUUUAAGAAGAAAAUAUGAAUCGGACAAACUAAAACAGGAUUUGGAGAAAGAAAAGUCACGAAAAUAUGGAAUUUUAGACCUAUUCAGAACGCCUAAUUUACGGAAAAAAACAAUCAUUAUAACUUUUAUUUGGUUCACCAACACUAGCGUUUACGUUGGUCUUUCUUAUUAUGCGCCAGUUUUAGGUGGAGAUGAAUUUUUGAACUUUUUCUUAGCUGGCGUUGUUGAACUACCCACUUACAUGUUUCUGUGGCCUUCGAUGGAAAGGUUAGGAAGACGAUGGACCCUUUGCAUGAGCAUGGUAGUCGGAGGAAUCGCGUGCUUAACUACCUUUUUAGUCCAACAUGAAACCAAUGUAACUCUAGCGCUUUACUGUGUUGGUAAAAUGGGGAUAUCUUCAGCGUUUGUCGUACUUCCUUUAAUGGCAUCGGAAUUAUAUCCAACAGUCGUCAGAGGUCUCGGCAUGAGCCUGAGUUCAGUCUUGGGGAUGCUUGGCCCUAUAUUCAUACCAAUAGUUAACUAUUUGGGUUCAGACAUAAUGGUUCUUCCGUUAAUAAUAAUGGGCGCAUUACUGGUUGCUGGUGGAAUAGCAAGCUUACUUUUACCAGAAACUCUUAACCAGCAUUUACCUCAGACUCUAGAGGACGGAGAAAGAAUGGGUUUAGACACUGAAUUCUGUUGCAGUCCUCCAGUAAAGGAGACCAAGCGUCCCACGGAAAUAGAAAUCCAAGAAAGUCAUAAUCAAAUUAACUGUAAGGAUUGUAAUGCUUUAUGUACUUGCCAAAUGGUAAACGUAUCUUUGAACGAAGGUGUGACUACUAUUAUUGACAAAAAUAAUGAUAAAGUUGAAUAUGUGGUAAUAAAAUAAAAUUUAGAAA